AGCCCCAAACGUACAGUGAUUCGUAGGGAGCUCGCUUGCACGUAGUCCAUUCCACAACCUGAUCACGACCUAUUUUCUCUAUCUGUGUUCUGUGUGCGUUCACUUUUAUCAUUUAUUACCAUGUCCUCGUGCUGCACCUAAGCACAAUUGGAUCAUCCUAUUGCGUACCUUUUCCGUAGCUGUAUUGUAUUUUCACUAUUACCUUUGGUGGUUCCGCUUUCACGAGUAAAGCUAUUCUUUCCUUCAGUUGUUGCCCGUUUCUAUUCACUUGCACGCCUUCAAGCGUUGUUCACCACUACCGUGCCGUCGCUACUGCUGUUGGGCAACGUUUUUUUUCCUCUACCCGUAUCAGUUAAGUCCGGUGCACCGUGCGUGUGUGCACGUUGUUUCAGUCAAAAGGGUAAAGCGGAGCACUGAAGCAGCGGGCAUGCUGCAAUUCGAAGUUUUGAAGGUACGAGGAACGCAGAGCGUCACGCUGCACACGAGCUCGCAGGCCCUUCCAACGGAAUUUGCCCGGUGUGAAAUCCGUCUGCUGCGCCGCAGGUCAUUUAAAAACGACUUCUUUACCCCCGUCGUCUCGACAAAUCAUGUCCUUUUGCUUUUUCCCAACUCGUGUGCCCCUGUGGUGGGUGGGGGUAACAGUAACGCCGCUGCGGCCUCCCCUGCACUUGCCAGGGAUGCCCUGCCAGCUGACGGCACAUCAACGGAGUUCUACGUCACGAGUCAGGCGCAAACCUGCAUCAGCCACUUUCUGAAUCGUAUCGAGUCUAUUCCGUUUCGCAUUGUCUACGCUGCGGCAUGCAGCUUUUCAGGCUGUGCCGUUCUCGUGCUGGAGUGUCUCGACAUGGAGGAUGUGCUGAACGUACAGCAAAUAUGCGCCGACGUGGCGAGUCAGGGCAACGAUGAGCGCACCAGCAGUCUUUACGUGAAGAGCUUCACGUGCGCCGGUGGAGCGCCGGUGUUGGUCGAUGGGCAGCUCCUCAUCACGCACUAUUACAUCCCCACCUGCCCUCUGUGUGGGGAUCGACUGGAGAGUACUGUGUCGGGUCACCCGCCGCAGACGCCGCUCUGCACGUGCGCACGGGGCGGCAACACCCAGCAGUGCACCUGCUUUCUGUCCUCCGCCUGUUUCGUGUGCCGUCGCUUCGCCGAGUCACUUGAGCAGGCACGGCAACCAUCCCCGCAGCAGCAACAGCAGUCGCAGUCCCACGCACCACCGGUGCAGACGAUCAAGUGCGAGGCGUGCGCCAAGGCGGGCGAUCCGUGGAUCUGCCUCAUUUGCGGCUACGUUGGCUGCAGUCGCUACCAAGCCAUGCACGCGAAGGACCACUGCGUCGCCCACCAGCACUUCUUUUCCAUGAACUUGCUGACCCAGCAGAUUUGGGACUAUGACGGCGACUGCUUUGUGCACCGCGUCGUGAUUCUGCUCGACACCCACACCGGCAGCUCCACACGAAUGCAGUUCCCUGGCCGCGAGGACCCACUCUUGGAGGACGGCAAUGGCGGUGCCGCAGUAGCGAACCUGCCAGACACACCGGAGGCGUGGAAGGCGGAAAAGAAGAGCAUCUCUGCCAAGUACGACAAGAAGCUCAUCUCGUCACACACGCAGUACGCCAUGGUGAUCAAGAGCGAACUGGACGCGAAACGCGCCUUUUACGAGUCACAGCUGCUCGAGGAAGGCGGGGCGGAGGACGGUGCCGGUGCGGUCGACGACGAGGAGGGCGGACAGCCGCUCACGAGCGAGGAAUUCGAGCGGGAGGCGUACUUUGACCUCGCCAAGGCGUUCGAACCGGUGGACUCCGUCAUGGCCGACGUCGGCGCGCGGCGACGCAAGGUGACGACGAUGUUCUACGCAGUGAAGAACCUGGAGCAUGAGCUGGACAUGCGCGCCGAGGAAACCGGUCGCCUCGAGAAGCAGCUGGAGGGCCUCAAGAAGGAGCUGCGGGGCGUGAUUCAGCAAAACGUCGCCAACGAUCUUCGCCUUAGCAGCAGCAUCCACGACAUGAAGGAAACGCUGCAGGACAUCGCACUAAAUGCCCAGACACAGCGCCGCCUUGCCGCGCGGCUUGGUGAUAAUCAAGUCUCCCACAUGGUGGUGUCCGGCGGCCCCGCGGCGUCGUCAAGCGGCACAACACCGUCCCCCUCCCCCUCUGGCAAUCGCACAAAGGCAGGAAAGAACAAUUCCAAGUCACCUAGAAAAUAG